AUUUUUAAUGAAAAAAAAAAGGCACAGAUUUUCUACCUUGCUCUCAUCUACCACCGUAGCAACCUUCCAGUUGGCCGAGAACCACAUUUCUGGUGGCCCCGUAGUUGCAAAGACAGAUCUCCCAACCUUUCUGAAGGACCUUGGAUGUGACGAGCGUUGGACACGGAGAUUAGAAUGAAUUUAAGGAAGCAGAAGAUCGCCAUGGGCCAGUAAAUGAGUUCUGGAGAGGCAGGAACUCAACCAUCGACAGGUUUCUCCUGAAGACCGAUGGACUUGGGCCCAACCUUGGGAGGAGAAGUUGAUACGAGGGUGUAAGGGUUGAGGGAGAGGAGGAGAGCAGCCUCCUUCGCACCCAUGUCGCUGGCCAUGAAAGCUCGGCAGAAGGUGAAACGGAAAGGACCGGCGAAAGAUCGGGUCUUUGGGUGUGAUCUGAUGGAACAUCUGCAAUCAUCUGGCCAUGAUAUUCCCCAGGUCCUGAAGAGCUGCACAGAGUUUGUGGAACAGCGUGGGAUCGUGGACGGCAUCUACCGGAUCUCCGGAGGAUCUUUAAACAUCCAAAAAUUAAGGCUUGAGUUCGAAAAUGACCGGAAUCCUGACCUCAACAAAGAGGACUAUCUGAAGGAUGUCCACUGUGUGAGCUCCAUUUGCAAAGCUUACUUCAGGGAGCUGCCCAAUCCACUCCUGACCUACCAGCUGUAUGAUAAGUUUGCGGAAGCGGUGGCCAUCCAGCUGGAAGAAAGCCGCCUGGAGAAGAUCAAGGAAGUGCUGAAGGAGCUGCCAUCACCACACCACCGAACCCUGGAAUUCUUGAUGAGGCACCUGGUUCAGAUGGCGUCUUUCAGUUCCAAGACCAACAUGCACGUCAGGAACCUGGCUAUAGUCUGGGCCCCCAACCUGCUCAGGUCCAAGGACAUCGAAGUCUCUGGUUUCAAUGGCACCGCAGCCUUCAUGGAAGUCCGUAUCCAGUCCAUUGUGGUGGAGUUCAUCCUGACCCACGUGGAACAGAUCUUUGGAAACGCUCCGCUGUGCGGUGGCACCCGUGAAUCCAUCCGGAGAUCCCUGCUGGCUCUGUCGCCGAUGGUCCUACCUGAGUACUGCACCCCCUACAAUGUGCCCACCAUGCUGAACCAGGGGGACGGCCCCCCCCAGAUGAGACCCUACCACACCAUCAUCGAACUCAGCGAAAAAAGAAAAGGCUCCAUCAAGGCCAAGAAAUGGAAGUCCAUCUUCAACCUAGGACGAUCCAGCCACGACUCCAAACGCAAGUUGAAUAAGGCGGAAGACAAAGAUGACAAACUGGGUAAGAUGCGCUUACGUCCAGCCAAAAGCAUGGACUCACUCAGCUGCAUGCAGUCUGUCGGUGACGACGAUGCUCACCUGGGGACCGAGAUGCCUCCAAAACACGAGAGUUUUGACGGCCCAGUUUCACUUGACAGCAGCUUCUCGGAAUCCGCGUACAUGUCUGCCAAGAGCAAAUGCGAAGACACGCAGGAGGAAGCCACCAAGUCAGAACCCACCACCCCCAAAGCCACCAGGUCCGGUCUCAUCGGAGGGACCUCUCAAGGACGUUCACCCAAGAGCUCCAGGAACCGGGCUGAGAAAUGUGCCGGGGUCCAUAUCUCGGGACCUUUCUCAGUCACCGUCCCCUUCCACAUCACGUCCAACCUCACUUUGUCCCGGUUGACCAGAGGUCUGGAGUGUCCAGCACUGAGCUACACCAGCUUCGAGACUCCAGAGGCCAUUCCUUCCAACGGAGAAGAUUUUCCCAGGAUGACAGAAGACAAUGAGAAACUCAUGUCUGCCCUCACUGCAAAUAAGGAAGCAGACGAAGGAACAAACUUCGAAGCCGAAAUGGAGAGCCAGAUGUCUAUGGAAGUCGAGGAUUCCUUCUCGUUCCUGGACGGCCCCGAUGGCUGGAUUGACAACGUGCUAGAGGAAGAACAGCUGAAGACAGAUGCCGGGAAAGGCCCUGAGGUUCCCCCACGCAGCUUGGACACCGUCCCAAGCAUGGAAGAGGAUUUGGGAAGCGGGUUUAUGAACGAGAUGAUCGCAGCUGGGAUGGAGCUGGAAAUGUAUUCUAUGGUGCCACAUCUGGAUUACCUGUCCAUUGAAGAAUGCAUGAAUGAGCAUUUGGAAGGAGAUGACGACCAGUAUUAUCUCGCCAUGGGAUACAUCGAGGAAGAGCCAUCUAAGGAGGUCGAUGCUGAAGAAGUCUAUCUGAGCGCUUUUGAUGAUCUCAGCCCCAUAGCUAGCAAACUAGAACAACUUCAGCAAUCGGAUGUAGGUCAAACUCCUCACAUCCCCUCCCCAAAACUCACAGAGGAAGAUCAAACCUCCAAGAUGGCUGCCGAAACCUUGGUUGAAGAUCCAAAGAGCUCACAUUUACCAGAACCUGGCCUGGAACCUGAACAAGGUGACGAGGAGGUUACUACUAUGUCCACUCGUGAUCUAGUCGUAACCAAGGACCUGGAUCUAUACUUAGCCAAGCCGCAUGAAGUGGAAUUGGGUUCCAGAAGCAACACCAACGAGAUGGAAAGCCACCUGACUGACAAAGCUGAGGUAGAACCCAUCUUUUCAAUGUUGCAGAUCAAAGAUGCACAUGUUGGAAGUGAGGUCGGCCUCUUUGUCCCCAAAAUUGAAUGUCCUGAAGAAGUUGCUUACCCAGAAUCUCUGGAUUCAGAAUCUGUGGGGAAAAACGCCGAGGAUAGUAAGGUAGAACCCGUUAUUUCAUCGUUGCAGAUAGAAGAUAGAAAUGGAGUGGAUCUCUUUGUCCCCAGAGCUGGUUGUCCUGAAAAAGUUGCCUGCCAAACACCUCGCGGUCCAGAGUCUGAAACCCAACCAAUCAAAUCAAGUAUUGAAGAGAAGUGGCAACCUCAGAACACACCUGAAAGUGAACAGAUUCCACAUCUUCCUUGCAGCAUGAGAGUAGAUGUUCCUCCAGAGGUGGUUGGAAGAUGCAAUCAACCCUUGGGUGAUACCCUUAUGGUUCAAGAGAUGGGAGAAAAGCACCAUGGAGAUGUGGCUUCAUCUAUGUUGGAACUCAACUUACUUCAAAGUCUGAUUCCUUCUUUACUGGACAAUAAUUCUGAGAACGUAAGCUUCCCAGCACCGGAUCCAGAACAUACAUCUCUUUCUUAUUUCCCUGCACUUUUGUCUGACAUGGACUCUGAAGAUUUCUCCCUCCCAGCUUCUCCUCCGAAACCUUGCCUGGAAAGUCUUCUGCAGAAACCCCAGCCUGGAUUGCCGGUGGAAGUUUCGUAUGCUCCGAAACACGAAUUCUCGGAUGGAAGCGUCCACAUGAAGUUGACAUCUACCACACCCCGAGUUCAGCAAGUGAAAUCAUUUCCGGUGGUGCCCCCGAAGCCUCAAUUUGCUAAGGUGCCUCCUUCCUUAAAGCCAGUGAUUCCCAGCAAGGAACAUCUCAUCGCCAUCCCAGUGAAGGCCUGUGAGAAUGGGACCAAGCAGGAACUCAACCAAAGCUCUUUGAAAAGGCCUUUCCACCUGACCAGCUCGGACCAAAAGAUGGAACAUUUUCCAACAUCUCCUAGCCCAUCCAGUUCUUCUGAGAAUUGUUGCAGCUGUUCGGAGACCCUCCCGAAGCAACGCAACUCCAUGCCGGUGAGCUUGGAGAAGUUCAGCAAGGACUGUAAGAACAUGGAGGACAUCACCCCGAAGCCCUCUCCUUCUUUACGGGACAAAUGCUUUUCGUGGUCCAAGAGUGGAGACGUUGGAGUCGGCAGCCUUCAUCUCACACAGGGCAGUUGGGAGAAACAGAGCAGCGGCCCACACGACGAAGGGAAAGGAGGACAUCGUUACGGAGCGGAGAGGUCCGCCUUGGAGGGCACCGCUCCCCAGAAGCAGCGCUGGAGCAACUGGCGUUACAGCGGGAGCAUGUCGUUCGAUGAGGCCGUGGCCCUCGCCAAGGAGAGACACGUGGCCCAGGCUCCCAUGCGGAGGAUGCAAACUUAUUCCUACGGCGAGGUGGACGGCUCUCCCGGAGCGUCCAAAAUGGAGACGACUGCUCCUGCCCACAAGCCCGUUCUGAGGUCUCCUCAAAGGCCGCUGAGUUGCGUAAACCCAGCUGGACCUCCGGAAGCUCACCUUUUGGGAAAGGUGCCAUGUCCACCUGGGUUGCUGCCUGACAGCAUCCCAGAAAGCGGGCGCACCCCGAGACUGGAAGGCUCCCAUUUCUCUCAGGAUUUUCCUCUGAGGAGCAGAGUGAGCUUAUCCAAGAUAGGACGGCGCUUGUCCGUGUCUGACGAAGCGUGCUUCGGGUUGUCCCACGAGCAGAGAUGACUGAUUUUUUUUUUUUACAGAUGAACAGAGUUGGAAGGGACCUUGUAGGUCAUCUAGUCCAACCCCCCGCCCAAGCAGGAGACCCUACACCAUUUCUGACAGAUGGCAGUCCAGUCUCUUCUUGAAAGCCUCCAGGGAUGAA